UUGCAGUUGGUCCCUGACAACCGCCUCUAUGUCAUAUUUUGCAUCUGCUCCUUUGCAGUAGGUCCUUGUCCUUCCCUUCCCAGUAUGUAAAGUACAUGGCUAGAUUGUCUGAUGUUUUUCUGAGCUCUUUUCCUCAUAUCUUUAAUGUUGGAAUUAUAGCGUAUCAACAUGUUCUGGGGCCUGAUUUUAAAUGUCUGUUUUAUUUCUCAUUGAAAGUUUCGUUCUAGCCAUAUAAAGGAGGGCCUGAUCAUGGAGCAGGACCCAGAGAGCCGAGACUCUAUCGAGAACUUUACCACUGACUAUAAGAUCAUAAGAACCCUGGGAAGGGGACGAUUUUCAGUGGUAAAAAUGGCCUAUCACGUCCCAACCCUCACCUGUGUAGCUAUAAAAGUUCUCAAGAACACCGAGAAGUGCUCCUCAGUGAUGAGCAGGGAAGUUGACAUUCUAAAGUCCCUGGGCCAUCCUCAUAUCAUCAAGGUGGUCGAAGUGGUCCAGACAAGAGAGGCCACCCACCUGGUCAUGGAGCAUGCCUCUCAGGGAGACCUACUGGACCGAAUCCGGGAAUGUGGAUAUUUAAAGUCGUGGGAGGCCCGAAGAAUGUUUAGACAGAUAUUAGAGGCAGUACAAUUCUGCCAUGACAAUAAUAUUGUCCACCGAGACAUAAAGGCCAACAACAUUUUGAUAGACGGAAGGUCGAAUGCCAAGCUCUGUGAUUUUGGCCUAGCUGCUAAAACACUUCCUGGGCAGAAGCUGAUUGAUUUCUGUGGCACGCUGCCAUACUGUGCGCCAGAAUUCUUUGAAGCUGAGGAAUAUGAGGGCCGCCCAUUUGACGUAUGGAGUGUAGGUGUCCUCCUCUUCUUCAUGGUGACUGGGCACUUGCCUUUCCUAGGCAAGUCAUUUGCAGAGGUGAGGAGACAAAUCAGUUCAGCCAAUUUCAGCAUUCCGCCUCACGUUGCCAACGAUAUUUUCAAUGUUAUAGUGGAAAUGCUGAUGAUAAAUCCCAGCAGGAGGCCCAGCAUCCAGCAAAUUAUGAUGCGCCCCAUGAUCAAAGACAGCCAGGCCUACUCACCACCGACAUCCAUACAGACGUUCACAGGAACACCAAGCCCUACCACCAUCAAAACCACAAGAGUCAUGAGGCAUACACCUGAGAAAAGCACUGAGUCUCUUAUAGACCAAAAUAUCAAUGAGGUGCUGGCAACAUACUUGAUUCAACAGCACAAGCCACUCAGGAAUGUCUGCACACACCACCAAGUGGAGCCAGGUGUAGAAGAUCUUCACUCCUUCCCUCGUUUUCUUAAGAGAAAGGGACCUCUUCUGUCCUCCUUCACCUUGUCCUCAAAUUCAUCCAAUAUGCGGGAGAACGAGGAUAGGAAGAAUUCCAGGAAGGUUGUCAGAAGGCAUGAUGUGGGCUACCAGCAAACAAGGACCAACACUCUCCAGCUCGACCUCCUGGACUGUCCUAUAGCUGAAGAAUUCAAGGAUAACAGGCUGCAAAUCAGGAAGACAUUCUCAGACUCCAAGACUGAAUUUGAGCGUAUCAACAAGUUCUGGGGCCUGUUUUUAAAUGUCUGUUUUAUUUCUCAUUGCAAGUUUGCUUCUAGCCAUAUAAAGGAGGGCCUGAUCAUGGAGCAAGACCCAGAGUGCCGAGACUCUAUCGAGAACUUUACCACUGACUAUAAGAUCAUAAGAACCCUGGGAAGGGGACAAUUUUCAGUCGUAAAAAUGGCCUACCACGUCCCAUCCCUCCCCUGUGUAGCUAUAAAAGUUCUCAAGAACACCGAGAAGUGCUCCUCAGUGAUGAGCAGGGAAGUUGACAUUCUAAAGUCCCUGGGCCAUCCUCAUAUCAUCAAGGUGGUUGAAGUGGUCCAGACAAGAGAGGCUACCCACCUGGUCAUGGAGCAUGCCUCUCAGGGAGACCUACUGGACCGAAUCCGGGAAUGUGGAUAUUUAAAAUCGUGGGAGGCCUGA